AUGUUCUGCUGCGGCACUAGUGGAGCUGCGGCUGCUGGUGAGGCGUCAUCCCCGGAAUGUUCAAAGGGUAAACAUUAUGUUUGGAGAGGUAAGAAAGAUGAAGAAACAGUGAGUUUGCUCCGUGUUCCCAGUCUUUUGAAAGUGGGGAGUGAUGUGUUUGCCGCUGCCGAGGCGCAUUGCAAGGACGGUACUAAUAAAGAUUUUACUGGGAUUGCCUCGGAGCUUCUGAAGUGGACUGAUGAACAAGCAAGCAAGGAGUUGGACACAACUGAAUUGAAGACACAAGUGCUGGAGGAAUGUCCGUCCGAACAAGGCGAAUGCUCCUGCCGUAUAGCGGACCAGGCUGGCACCAAAAGCGGCACGAGAAUACAUGUGAGUAAGCCAACAACAGUUGUGCAGGGAAGUGAUAUUUACAUGCUUGCUGGGAAUUACAGUUUUGAAGGUGCCUCUGAUGAUCAGGCAGGUGGCUGGGGACUCAUGCUGGUGAAAGGGAACGUCAGUAAUAAGGAAGGAGAAAAUAACGGAAUUUACUGGAAUGACACUUACGUUAUCCCGUGGAAUUAUAAAGUCAAACAACACGAAUCUUUGAUGCGGCUGAUUGGCAGCGGUGGAUCGGGUGUUAAGAUGGAGGACGGUACGCUUGUGUUCCCGCUGGAAGGGACGAGAAAGAAGAGGAACCAGGGUGAUGGCAACGAAAAGGAUGGAAAGGCUGUCUCGCUGAUCCUACACUCGAAGGAUAAUAAUAGUUGGAAGCUGCCGAAGGGGAUGUCUGCCGAUGGCUGCGGUGAUCCCUCCGUCGUGAAUUGGGAGAAGGACAAACUCAUGAUGAUGACUGCGUGUGAUGGUGGCCGCCGCAGGGUGUACGAGUCCGGUGACAAGGGGAAGUCGUGGACGGAGGCACUCGGGACACUCUCGCGCGUGUGGGGCAACAAAAAGGGUGAAAAGGUUGAACUCGUUGGGAGCGGGUUCACCACAGCGAAGAUUGGCGAUGACAGGGACGUGAUGCUCAUCACUCUGCCGGUGUAUUCAAGUAAGGACGGCAAUGGAAAGGGCGUACUCCAUCUUUGGCUGACGGACAACACGCACAUUGUUGAUAUUGGGCCGGUAUCCGGUGAGGAAGAAGACGUUGCCGCCAGCUCCCUGUUGUACAAAGGUGGAGGUGGUGCUAAUAAGAAGGAUGAGUUGAUUGCACUGUACGAGAAGGAGAGCGGUGAUGAGGACGCAUCACUCGGUAUGGUCUCUGUGCUUCUGACUGCACAGUUGGAGAAGGUGAAGGAGGUGCUGAAGACGUGGAAGGAAGUGGACGAACGUGUCUCCCAGCUGUGUUCCACCUUACUUGCUGGGAAGGAUCGUUUAAGUGAAACUGCCUGCAGUGCUGAUAUUAAGGUCACAGAUGGGCUGGUUGGCUUUUUGUCGUGCAACUUCUCUGAUAACACAUGGAGUGACGAGUACCUCGGGGUGAACGCCAAAGUAAAGGGGAAUGAUGGGGCAACAAAGGCUUCCGAUGGUGUGAAGUUCCGGGGAGCGUGGGCGGAGUGGCCCGUUGGCAAGCAAGGGGAGAAUCAGCUGUACCACUUCGCGAACUACAACUUCACUCUUGUGGCGACGGUGUCCAUCGACGGUGUGCCGAAGGAGGGUUCUCCCAUUCCUUUGCUUGGUGCGAAGAUGAAUGGCGAUGAGAAUCCCUUAAUGCUGGGACUGUCCUACGACAAAGAAAAGAAGAAGUGGCGGUUUCUGUGCGGUGGCAAGACAACUACGGAGCACAGCAGCGAUUGGGAUCCGGAGACAACGAAGAAAGACCACGUGGUAAUUUUGCGACGGAACGGCAGCCAGGGCUCCGCGUACGUCGAAGGUCAGCGUGUGGGUGGAAAUGCCCCAUGUGGAUUGGAAAAUACAGAUUCAAAAGAGAUCUCGCACUUCUACAUUGGAGGGGAUGGAGACAAGACACGGAAACAAGAAGACGUGCCUGUGACCGUGACGAACGUCCUGCUGUACAACUGUCCGUUGAGCUCUGAAGAGAUUACUGCGCUUACCCCGAAUAAAGCUCCCACUCCAUCUUUGGAAGAGAAGCCGUCGGAUCCUUCAACCGUUUCUUCUGGUUCCGUUGUGCCUCCCACUCCUCUGGUGACCCCGAAUGCUCAGCAAACCGAAACUCCGUCUACUCCUGCCGGAACACAGCUGACGGAACAGGGACAGUCGAUGGGGAGCAGUAAAGGUGCGGGCAGUGGCGGUGCAUCCACAACAGCGGUGUCCACUGUCAGUACUCCCUCAGCAGAAGAGGAGUCCGUAGUGCAGGUGACGUCAGGAACAUCUCUCGAUGGAACUCAAACUGUGGAUAGCGGUUCUACUGCUGAUGGCGAGCCAACAAUGCAGACAAGAGGAGGAACGAAUGGGCAGGAGGAGGAAGGGAUCCAGCCACGGAUCAGGGAGGUAAAUGCCACGGCGCUCAACAGCAGUCUCGGAAAUGUGUCGCAGGGGAAUAACAGUGAUGCCGGCACCGUGCGUGAGAGAAGACUGCUGCCAUCGCUUCUUCUGUUGGGACUGUGGGGGUUUGCGGCUCUGUGA